UUUACGUAAUGAAGCGUCGAACCAUCAAAUCCGCACUAAUUUGUUUUGGGAGCCGUAAGACUCAAGAUAAUGCCGUAAAACUGUGAAGUCGGCCAGCAGUCAGUUGUUUAGCUAGCUUAGCAUGGUAUGUCACUUCCAGUAGCAUUACUUUCCAUAUUUAUGUAGCUGUUUAAACAUUUUCGAUUCACCUCGAGAUUCAAAUCAGGAGACUGUGGAGAAACGGUGUCUCUGAGUGACUCUGGCCUGGAUGGACUGACGUAUCGGCCGCUGCUUCUCAAUGCUUGGACCCAUCUUAAGACAGGAAUGAGGAAAACAGAAUGGGUUUUCAACAAUGGGCCGUCCUUCCAUUGUUCUUCUUGGACAUACAGGAGUCGGCAAAAGUGCUUCAGGAAACACAAUUUUAGGACGAACAGCGUUUGAAUCAAGGCGCACCUUCAAAUCUGUGACCACCAAGAUAAAGAAAGAAACUGACACGCUGUUUGGCACAGAGAUCUCAGUGAUCGACACGCCGGGGAUUCUGAGUAAAGGCAUAAAGGAGGAGAUCCAAACCCUCUGCGAGGAGAACCUGAAUCCCUCAUCCUGUCUGUUUCUGGUUGUAGUGAAAAUAGAUCGAUUCACUGUGGAGCAGCUGGAAGCAGUGGAGACCGCCAUCAAAGUCAUUGAACCAUACGGACUGGGAAAAGCGUACUUGCUCUUCACUGGUGCCGAUCGUUUAGACAGGACACUCGAGGAGUUCAUCAACGAAGAAGAAGAUUCUCCACUUCAGAAGAUCGUUCAAAAGUUUGAAGGAAGAUACUUUUGCUUCGACAACAAUAAUGGAGGACAGGAUCAGGCCGAAGAACUGCUCCAGAAGACGGGUAUCCUGUCUGCAGCUGAAAAACCUCCACCUGAGCAGAGAAAGAUUGUUUUGUAUGGACUGUGUGGAGCCGGGAAGACUUCCUCAGGAAACACCAUUCUGGGAUCAAAAAAGUUCAAGCCAGAUUGUGGUUUUGAAUGCAGUACCAAGACGUGUGACAGCAGGUCAGCCAUAGUAGGAAGUCAGAAAAUCACAGUGAUGGACACUCCAGGUGUGGAUGACAGCAGCAGGUCUCCUGAGGAAGUAGCUGGGGACAUAUUGAAGGCAUUUCAUGAAGAACAAGUCCAUGCCUUGGUCAUAGUGGUAAAGAUUAGUAAACUUUCUACAAAAGAUCAUAGCUUUCUUGAGUAUUUCCCAUCCAUGUUUGGCCCUGAUGCUUUAGGCUCUACUAUGGUGCUUUUUACUCAUGGAGAUGGUCUGGGAGGUGAACGCUUUGAGGAGAAGAUCAAGGCCAGCAGAGAAGUUUCUGAAUUGAUUAAACGGUGCAGUGAAAGAUACUGCGUGUUCGACAAUACCCAGAGCAGAGACCGGCAGCAGGUUCGACGCUUCCUGCAGAUAGUCGAUGAGAUGGUUCAACAAAAUGGAGUACAACCCUGUGACAGAUUAAUCCCCACACCUUUUCCACAACAAGACGACGCUUCAAGGCCCAAGUCUUUUCCACAAGGGUCACAGUCCAGGAAUGGAGAAGGUCCAUCUGGUUAUGGGUCAACUGAUUCUUUGUCAUCUGGUAGAGAGUCAUCAGAUGAAAGCAUUUCCAAUUCUUGCUGCCUUUGUCAGUGUCUCAGAUGUUUGUUUUGUGGAUAUUGUCAAUCGGGGCAAAAUGGUUACGAGCCACUUAAUUAGAGAGCAUUUCAUAAAGACUUAUUCUCCUACUUUAUAGUUUUUAUUUUUUAUUUUUGGACAGAUAUGAUACUAGGUAUUGUUUCCCCAAGCCAACAAGGUAUUGUUUCCCCAACUGGGAGUCGUCGUGAGCCUGUUAAGAGCUAAACUUGGGGCACGGCGGUGGCACCAUGGUAAUGCGUGGGAGCCUUGCAUGGAGCAGCUGGCAUGAGUCCCAGGCUGAUGACCUUUGCUGCAUGUCUUUCCCCCUCCCAGGCCACUUUGUACCACUUGUAGAAAAGUGCAGAUUGAACAUGCGUGAACAAGCUCAUUUACAGGAUCUUCAUUAUUUGACUGGGAGAGGAUUUCUCUCUCUGGUGAUGUGGAACUGGCUUUGAGGUUAUUUUAUUUCAAAGGUUUCUGUUAAAUCCUCGUUGCAGAUGUAGUUAAAGCUUUAAAAUAAAAAAUAAAAAACUAGAUAAAUUGGAACCCAUGUUUUUAAAACUGACAUUGUUUUGCAUUUUUAAGCAGUUUGUUGAUCAGUGUAAUUCCCCAACAUUAGAAAUCUAUUUUUAUUCCCCUUUUUAAAAGCGGAGAUGGAACAGCUUUGACAUUAUGGCAAUUUCUAAAUGAUCUGUACACAAGUCUUUGACUCCAUUAUUAGUGAACAAGUAAAAGAAAAUCUGGCUCCAAUUUAAUUCUUUGAUUUGCCAAUCAGGAUUUUGUAUUAAAAAAAGACAAAAACAACAAUAGACCUGCAUCAGGAAAGUUUCUAAAUGACAGAAUGUCUGGAUAAAAUCAGUGUUGUCUUUCACUAUUUGUAAUUUCUCUAAGGCCUUUGACACUUUUCUACUUGACCGUCUGACAGCAGCUGGGUUUUCUACUCAUACUGUGAAUAGAACCAGAACCAGACCGAUCCGUUUGAUGUUUCUUGUCCUGGAGUUCAAUUUAUUCACAAAGGGGUACCACAAGGUUAUGUACAAGGUUCUUUUUUAUUUAUUUUUUAUAUUAAUGAUUUUGGAAAUUUAUUUCUAUGCUGACAACAGUCACAUACUGCUUAUGUUUUAUUGUAAGUUUACGUUUACUGUGACUCUGUGGUGGAACAAAGUGUUUUUUUGUUAUGUUUUUCUCUGUAUGCCGCCAGUCUACACCAAGCCUUUCUUGUAAAUUAUAUUUUGAUCUCAGUGGGAUCAACCUGUUUAA